GAAGCUACCACCCACUAGUCUCCUUCCCCAACCCGAUCCCCCGCCUCCCCACCGCAACCGCGUCGGCGAUGGCAUCCGCCGGCGCCGGCGACGGCGAGAAGCCCCGCGCGCACCUCGCGAGCCCGCUCCUCUCUCCGCCCCAGCUGCCCCCGCAUCAGCCCUACUACGCCUACCCGGCCGCCGCCUACGCGCACCCCGCGGCGGCCCCUCCCCCUCCCCCGACGCUCGUCUUCGUGCCGGCGCCCUGCUCCCCGGUGCUCGUCCGCCUCCGCCGCCUGCGCCCGCGCCGCGUGCCGGGCCUCUGCCGCGCCUGCGCCCGGACCGCCCUCCCGCUCCUCCUCGCCCUCGCGCUCCUCGCGGCCGCCGCCUUCCUGCUCUACCCCUCGCCCCCCGCCGCGCGCGUCGAGGGGCUCCGCGUCGACCGCUUCCGCGCCGACCCGCCCGCGCUCGACCUCGGCCUCGCGCUGCGGCUCCGCGUCCGCAACACGGGCUUCGUCCUCCCGCUCCGCUACCGCGCGGUCUCCGCCGCCGUCUCGUACCGCGGCCACCUGCUCGGGUCCGCCAGGGCGCGGCCCGGGUCCGGCGAGCUCGCGGGCAGGGGCGAGGUGUACGCGGACGCCGAGGUGUGGGUGGACGCCGGGAGGGUGCUGGAUGACGUGGUCGACCUCAUCGCGGACCUGGCCACCGGCUCCGUGCCGCUGGAGAUCGUCACGGAGGUGGUCGGCUCGGUCAGGGUUUUCCGUUUCCACAUCCCUGUGAAGGGGCUUAUAUCAUGCUCGGUGAAUAUCAGCCCAGAGACUCAGAGAAUCAUAAGCCAGGAUUGCUAUUAAGUGACAGUGAUUUGAGCACUUGGUGGAACAUAAUUGUACAAUUACUCUGGAAGAUACUAUCAAGUUGCAGAGCCUCCUGGAUGGAACUGGAGUGCCUAUCUGUAUAUAAUGUGGAUACUGUGCUGUGUAGGCUGGAAUAAGAAGAUGUGAGUGGCAUCAUGUUGGGCCGCAGGGUAUAUGCUGUGUCUUGCAUACAUGUCAGAACUGCUUAUGUCUGUAUCUGUAAUUUAUUAAAUGCUAAAGCAUCUAGAUGUACCAUAGCAUAGAAAUGAAACAUGGGUGUAUCAUUGGACCUGACUGAGCAUGUAUGUUGUUUAGUGCAUCUGUUGCCGACUUGCAUUGCA